GAAGAAACAGCAUGACUGACUUAGGAAAUAAAGAAACUUACUCAUACAAUGGCAGUGUUUACAAGUGUGUUAGAUGUGGGAAAACUUAUAACAAAAAAUCUUUCCUGCAAAAUCAUCAAUGCAACAUUUGUCGUUUGUGUGAUAGAUUAUUUGUGUCUUCACAGAAGCUGAAAUCACAUAACUGUGCCACAUCGCCAUGUGAUGACUGCAAAAAGAGUUUCAAAUCAAGAAAAACUCUUUCCAAUCAUAAAUGCACAUACUGCAAGCAUUGUUCUAUAAUAUUUAGUUCUUUUCAAAAACUGAAUCAACAUUUACAGCACUAUAAUAUUUCUACAGAUGUGACUGAACCAGAAAACAAACUGUCUGAAGCAAGAAAAACCAAAUCUCCAACAACAAAUUUGUGCAGUAGUGGUGUUGAAAUGAAAGUAAAGGAAAGUGACUGGCAAUUGGAAGAAAAUAUAAUCAAGAUAAAGGAAGAAACAUUGAGUGAUACUAAUGAACAAGAUGGGCUUAAUAUACCAAAUUUUAAACACCGACUAGCAUGUGAAUUAAAGAUGGCAACUGACAUCCUCAAUGUUCAAGUCAAGAAGGAGUCCAUGGAGCCUCCUUCUGAGGACAAGGAAAGAGAUCAAGAGAAUGCCCCAGAUAUAGCUCAGAUUGUUGACAAAGAAAACAUAGGAGAGAUCAACUCUUGUGAAAAUGACGCAGCAACCUCUAACAACAAUACUGAGGAUAAAAAUGGUGAUAAACCUGGCACUCCAGUGAUGGUCAUUUCUCCCGAGGGAAAUACAGCAGAACAGCUACAGAGAAUGAUACAACAGCAGUACCUCGUUAACCUGUUACAGUUUCAACAAUCCAUGUUACAGCAGGGACAAGUCAAUCAAACUCCAUCACUUCAGGUUCAACACCAAACUCUUUUGAAUGCUUUGGACUUUACUGGAAAAUCUGGGGAAACAAGCCCUGAUUCCACACAAAACAAUGUCGGUACAGUAAAGGAAAGGAAACAGAAUCGAAGCAUAGAAGGAGAGAUUGGGUCUGAUAAUGAUAGUUUAGUGUUUGAUGAUGAAGUUUACAGCAAUGGCGAGGAAUUGACAGACAAACAGAAAAGUGAAAGAAUAAGACAUUCAGUCGGAGGUCGGAACAUCAAUCAGUAUGGCCGAGAAUUUACAAAUGGCCGUCCCUUGCCAGAUCAUCUGAGAGUCCAGAUUUUACAGCUAGCCCUACAAGGCAUACGACCUUGUGAGAUCAGCAGACAGCUACAAGUGUCACAUGGUUGUGUCAGUAAAAUAUUGAACAGGUACAGAAAGACAGGAAGUAUAAAUCCAGGUCAAAUAGGUGGCAGUAAACCUAAGGUUACGACCCCUGAUGUGGUCAGUCGUGUACGGCAGUAUAAGAUGGAAAAUCCACAGAUGUUCGCAUGGGAAAUACGACAAAAAUUAUUAUCCGAUGGUAUAUGUCAGGAGAAGAAUAUUCCAUCAAUCAGUUCUAUAAAUAGAAUUAUAAGAGACAAAGCUAUACUUCAAAGAAGAAGUUUUGAUGGCAGUCUCAAAGAUUGUGAUACAACUGAUAUGGAUGAUCUCCCUUUAGACACUGAACGUAUACAAAGAUACAUGAUUAGCAUCCCUAAUCUGACAGGAAACCAAAUGACUCCUGCAACAGAAGGUACCAUCAUUCCCGUACAGGUAUCCUUGGAUACUGCACAAGGUGUCCUGGUUCCUACAGUCAACAUGAUUCGCCCUGAGUACUCUCCUCCUAUCGCUCAUCAGCAGACAUCACAGGUGUCACCAACAUUAAUGAGAACCUCACCUAAACAGGCGCCUAGCAGCAUAGUUAUACAAGGAAUUGGAAAUGAUGCCAUUAAAACAAACGAGAAUGCACAACAUGUUUUCACAGUAGAGGAUCUCAGCCGACAGAAAUUUGGUAUUUCUGUCAGUGAAAAUAAUGGACAUGUUCAACCUGCCGUAGGAACAAGUCAGACAGUUGAUAUAGGAGAGCUAGCAGCAGAAGGAAUGAAAUGCAGCAGCUCACCUAAAUCUGACGUUAAUAGACACAAUCUACAUUCUGUCAUUUCACACUUAAUCACUACACAAACGGCAGCCAUUAUGAAAGAAGAUGAUAUUGCAGCUCAGCAAUUACAGUAUCAGAAUGAGGCUGCUCAAGGUCAAAGUUCAGAGACAAUUAUAGAAAUAGAUCCAGAAAUUAAUGAUGCAGUGAGUAAUAUCACAAAAAAUUCUGUCACAAUUUCAAGUCCUUUGUCUCCAAUUGUUACCAAAGAUUAUUCUCCUUUAACACAAAGAAAAUUUAGCAGUGAAGGAGUAUCCAUUAUUUCUUCACCUCAGACAUACACAGUGGCAUCAGACAAGAUUGGAAAUACAGUACCAGUUACAAUUAACAUCGCACCGUAUCAGUUUGAAACAUCAUCGAAGGAAAAUUCACCUCAGAUUUCACCAGCAUUAAGUAGCAGUCAUUCAAUGGAAAAACAUCCUCAAACAUCUCCUCACUCCGGAGGAUCUAAUGCCAGAGGUAAAAGUCGUGACAGGAGUCGUGACAGCAGUUCUUCUGGAAGUUUGUCACCAACCUCAAACAGAGCAAUAUCGGUUGAGAAGAAGGCAGUCUCUCGAAGCAAUGUAGUACCAGCUCUCCCUGCAGCUGUUACAUAUGAUAAAUAUGCCGGAACACUAUUGUAUGAUUAUACCCUGCCAGAUAGAGGUCUUGGAACUGGACCUGGACCAACACCGAGACCACAAUCCAGUAAUAGUGUAAAAUCACAUUCAUGGCACUGCCCACAGUCUCCAGCACAGUUGUCAAUUCCAAGUCCGGCUUUGUCAGACAGAAGUGGAACGUCUCCUCUUGAUCUCUCAUCAGCUCCUAUCAAAGAUAGCAGAAGAGAAUUAGCUAAAAGUCCUGUAUCAGAUAAAGGCUCACUAUCUGCUACAGAUGAUAAUUCAGAGAAAUCUACUCCUCAGAAAGUUUUAUAUGAGAAAAACAUGUUGAUUUUCAGUGAAAAUGAAGUUGAAAUUAUUUCAGUUGGAAAUAAUAAAUGGGUUGUGAGAAACGAGUCACAAUUGUUGUCAAUGACUCAUAAAGGUAAGCCAGAUAGUCAAACUGAGACACAAACAAAUAAACGCCCAAGUGAUGAUGAAAGUGGAAGUCCUGUUGGAUUGAAAAUUCCAAAACUUACAAAUGGAAAUAGUACACCUAUGAUGGUUCAUGGUGCUAACACAGUAAAUAGUUCUGUCCCUUUAACAAAUGGGAACAUGGUUUUUAGUGCUAACGUGUCCGUAGAUUCUCAGUCGGGCAGGGAUCCAAAGAAUUGUCCAGUUUUACAGAAUAUGUUAAAACCAAAGACAUAACAAUGAUGUUUAGACAUUUAAUUUAUCUAUGGUGCAUAUAGUAUACACAUUACAUGUAGUGGGUUACUGACAUUUUAUUUAUAUUGUUAUUUUGUUGUUAACAGUGAAUUCUUGUAUUUUGCAGUCUUUUAAUUCUUGUUAUUGUAUUCUAUCUUAUUAUCCUUAAACUUAACUAUACCAAAUAAGAUUUAGAAAUAUUUUUUAAUGACUUCUGUUUUAACUUCUUUAUUUUUUAAGCUGUAUUUGUUAGUUUUUAGACAUUUGUCAAGGUUACUAUGUUAAACAUAAUGUAUAUCAACUAUAUGCCUUGUAGACUUUUCCUACUUACUAUAUUAGCUUUAGUUGUUAGUUGAAUUAUAGCAUAAUUUUGAUUAUAGCUAAUGAAAUUGCAAUUUUGUAUUCAAGCUUAAAUUAGAAAUUUGUUCUAUCAUCUUAAUUCAAUAUUGCUUAUAAUGUUCUAACAUCUGAGCAAGAAUUGUGCAGUAUUUACCCCCCAAAAAAGUUCAAAUCUGAAAAUCUACCAAUUUUGCACUUGAAAAAAUAUGCAAUAUUUAUUGUGAAGAUCAAACAUUGUAUAGUAUACAGACUAAAUCUAAAGACUUAUUCUUAGUAAUCUGGUUAAGUAAUAAUUCUUUUUAUGUUUCAUGUAAAUUAUUGGCCAGUAAAAUCAUUCUUUAUUUAUAAAAAUCAUAAAUUUCAUAAUAUUUCAUGAUGCAACAUUGUCGGAUGUUUACCAGAACAUUAACAAACACAAAAAAAUAGAAGAAUUCACUGUUUCAUUUGUUGUACCUAAGGAACUGUCCCUGAGACUUUGUCCUGAAAAUGUGUGCCAUGUUAACAAGACAGGUCAAAAUAUAGGACAUUAUUGUCAUUAUUGUUAAUUAUAUAGAUUUUAUUUGGUGAUUUUUUAUUGUAAUUUGUUUAGAAUUGUUAAGAUUUAAGAAAGAACUGAUAGGAAUAAGUCAAUUGUAUAUAUUACAGUGAAAUCCGUCUAAAGUGAAUCCCUUCAAGACAAACAAAUUGGUUUUUAUUAGACAGGAUUCAGUUUGUAGUUUGUACAUGAUUUUUUUCCUUAAGAAUAUUCAUGCAUGGUGUAUCCUUAUCAAUAUAGCUGAGUUUAGUAUAGAAAGGUUACAGUUUAUUUAGGGUUGAGUUAAGCAGGUUUUACUGUAAUAGUAAAUAGAAUUUUGCUCUUUUAAUGUACAACACAUGAGAUAUCUAUCGUUGAUUCCUUUCAUAUUUGGUACAAUGGUUUUUGCGUUAAUGAAGAUAUCAUUGUAUCAUUUUAUUUAGUGAUAAGUUUAUUGGACUUCACCAUAUUCAACAUGUUUAUAUGAGAACAUGUGUAAUAUCUGGUGAAUGCAGCAGCCCUUAACUCUGGACAAAACCUAUCAGAUUUGGUCAUGAUGUGUAGAUUUUCAAAUUAAUCCACCAAUUUUAUUUGAUACAGGUAUAUGGACAGUUUAGCACCUUCUUUAUACCCAUAGAUAAAGUAUAAUGCCAUUUGAACUUAACGUUUACAAACUCUUGUGGUUUCAGUAUAAUGCCAUUUGAACUUAACUUUUACAAACUCUUGUGGUUUCAAAUUUUUUGGUAGAAUUUAUACUUUUAUAACAUGUUCAGCAUAUUUUGUAAAGGCAAUGUCUUUUUAAAGAUUUUGUCUUUUCGUUGAUAUACAAUGUAUGGUUUGUUUGGCAAGGUACUUGGUAAUGAUAUGUAAUGAGUCAUAUUUAGCCACAAUUAUAAUUCUGCAAAGCUGAUUGAAAUCACAGGCCCACAUUAUUGAACUUUUUUUUACACCAUCACCAUGUUUCAAGACAUUUUUCAGUGGUUGAUAAGGAACUUAUGUUUCCACAUGUAAAACUAUUGUAACAAUUGUCUGUGGUUUGUACGUAACAAUUUUACAUUUUACAAGGGAUAACUUUUCUCAGAAAUAUAAUAAUUCAUGUGGUAGAAUGAAUAUAUAAAAUAUUUUGACAAAUAUAUGUAGAAAUCCUUGUAUUAUAUAUUGCCUUGACAAUCAAUUUUGUUGUUGUGUCAGAUACAUGUAAUUUGUAGUUUGUAAUCAUUUUAUUGGUUCACUAUAAUCAGUUUUGAGGCAUUAGCCUUAAAUUAAUGCGAAUGUGGUUAGUCUUUUGACUUUUUGUCAAUAAUGAAUAGCAGUUCAGAUUUUUGGGAGAAUUAUUUUUGUUAUACACUACAUAGCAUCAAAUCCAGUUCAUCAAAUUUUAACAAUAUCUAUCAAAUUGAUACAAAACAAGAAUAAAUAUCAUGAAUAAAAUGUGAAAAUAUUCAUUUCUUUUAAUUAAAUUUCAAAAAGUCAAUGAAAUACAAGGGAAAAACAAACAAGGCAAUAUUUUGUUGUGUCAAUUUGGUUGUGUAUGAUGUACUUUAAAAGUCUACUCUUUUUAAAGUAUAUGCCAAUUAAUAAAAUACAAUUUAGAAAUUAUGCACAAACUAAUGCAUAAGGGGAGGUAACUUCUAUCAAUUAUUUAUGUUCCAGCAAGAUUAAAAUUUAAGAUGUAAAAAUAUGGUAUAACAAAUUCUAAUUGUGUACCAUUAUAGUAUUUUAAUAAUUCAUAUUGAUGUAUGACUGCAAAUUUAUGUAAAUAUCAAAAUAUUAAUUUUGUUCUUUUAUUGUCCAAUUUUGAUGGCAUUUUUAUCGCUGUCAUUUUCUGCCUUAAAUUUUUUUGUCAGGUUUGUGGUAGCUCAUAGAAGCUCUCAUUGGUGACCAAAAUAGGAUACAUAAAACUUUUUUUUAACCUAUGUUGAAUGGAAUUUUUGUCUAUUGAUUAGAGCUAAAAAGAGUAUAUCAACAGAAUUUGCAAGACUUAUUAUAACAGUUUCCAAGUCUAGAGGCCAAAAUAGUGAUUUUUAACAUCUUACGUAGAAUAAAAUUACUGUGUCAGGAAUAAAAACCUUGUGUAAAUUAAAUAUUUAUAUACAUUUUUCUAAUGUUCCCAUGUGCGCAUGUUCUAGCCAUAUCAUGCUGUCACUAAUGUAGUCCUUUAUUGAGGGGAUUCGUCUUAAUUUUAGAAUUUGAUGAUUUCAUUUGGAAAAUAUAUAUACUAAAAUGUAAAAACAUUUUUCACAUAACGAAACAGAUAUUUUUACUUGUGAAGAGUUGUAGUAUCUUAAGAUUGAUAAUUGUUAGCUACGCUUAGAUUUUAGAAAAUUGUUCAUUUUACCACAUGUUGUACACAUUUCAUUUGAAAGUUUAUUCAUUUCAGUUUUGCAUUGAACAAAUUUAGAUCAAAUGUACUUUAAAGAAUUUUGUACAGUUAUCCAUCAAUGAUUGUGUAGUACCAAUUAGGAACAAUUUACCAAAUUGUAUGUAAAAGUUUAUAGUUUAAAAUAGUGUUUUAAUUUUUUCCUGCAAUAUGUUUAUAAUUUUCACAUUUUAUAGACACAAAUUAUAAAUAGUGACUUAAUUUGUAUAAGUAUUAGUUGUGUAAUUAAAUUACAGCAUUAUUUUGUUAAAGUAUUGUGGUAUAUUUUAAAAUAUAAGAACAUCAUCUUUUGUUUUCAUUUUGAGAAAAAAAAUGUCUUUAUAACCAACCUAUGUGUAAUAAACAAUUAGUAAGAAUUAUCUCCCAUUUAGGUGUAGAUAAACAUUCAACAACAGUUAUCUCUCAUAUAGAUUUUGAUAAACAUCCAACAAAAUUUAUCUUGCAUAUAGACGUAAAUAAACAUCCAAAAGGUGUAUCUCCCAUGUAAAUGAAAAUAAACAUUCAAUUAGAGUUAUCUCCCAUAUAGAUGUAAAUAAACAUUCAUCAAGAAUUAACCUCCAUAUAAAUGUAAAUAAACAUUUAAUAAGACUUAUCUCCCAUUUUGGUGUAGAUAACCAUUCAACAAGAGUUAUCUCCCAUAUAGAUUUAAAUACACAUCCUACAAGAUUUAUCUCCCAUAUAGAUGUAAAUAAACAUCUAACUAGAGUUAUCUCCCAUAUAGAUUUAUAUAAACAUCCAACAAGAUUUAUCUCCCAUAUAGAUGUAAAUAACAUUUAAAAGAUUCAUCUCCCAUAUAGAUGUAGAUAACCAUUUACUUAAGAGUUGUAAACUACUAUGUCAUUUGGUCUCUGGUGGAGAGUUGUCUCAUUGGCAAUCACACUACAUCUUAUUUUUAUAUUCAGUUAAGAGUUAUCUCCCAUAAAGAUGUAAAUUUUCUUACUAGAUUAAUUCCAUAAAUUCCCUAGUUUGAUUUGUAGUUUAUUGUUUGUUUUUUGGCAACAAAAUGAUGAAAUUCAAGGAAAUUAUCCAUGAAAUCCAGAAUUUGGUACAAGUGAGAUACAUUUAAAGGAGGCUUUUAAAGUAUUAAUUUUGUGCAACAUGUUUGCAAGUUUUAUUUAAGUAAACUUUUUUUUUAUUGCUGCAAUUUUAUUAUUCACCAUGUUUUGUACAAAUAGUUGUAAAAGAACUGAAAGAUCUAAAAAUUAUUUUAUAUUUUAUCUUGAAAUUCUCUUUUUAUUUCAUGUUGUUCCACAUACAUGACAACCCUCUUCAAUAAUAAACAAAACAUGAUGUUCCUAUUAAUUAGAAUAUUCCUUAUAGUUGUUUUGUUAAGUUAUUGUAGUUUUUUAUGUAUCAGUAACAUCUGCAUGAAGACAUUCUGUUCUUUCCCUUUAAAAAUAUUGAUGAGGGAAAUUAUAGUAAAACCCUAAUCAUUUCAGGAUUUGAUAUUUUAAGUAGAACCUCCAGGGGGAUUGCUGGUCCUAUUUGAACAAAAAGGUAUGUCUGUAAAAAUCCAAUUUGUAGCAUUGAAGGACAGAAUGUCUUUAUGACAUUAUACAUUGUUAUUUGUUUUUAAUGUUGUUUAGGCUGUAGAAUAAGACUUUAAGUUUAUCGCUUUCCUCAUCAACAUAAAAAGUCUCACAAAGAGAAAUAAUUGAUUGAGUUUCCUCAAGUUAUAUUUUUCCACAUAACAGUAUUUAGCAUUAAUUUCAUGCAGCUAAGACAAAAACUAGAAUAUUUUUAAUAAGCUUUAAAUGGUAAAAAAAUUGUGCUUUUAUCCACUUGUCAUAACUUUUUAAUCAGAUUUCCCUGUCAGGGUUUUUGGUGUGCCAUUUAGUAGAAUAGAUAAUAGGUUAUAAUUCAUGUUAUAUAGUGAAACCUUUCUUGAACUCCUUUGCAAUGGAAGUUGUUUAGGUUUCGGCAAACAAACAAAAAGUCAGUUAAAAAAAAGGUUUCGUUUAUGGUCAGUUGAGGCAGGUUUCACUAUAUGUUUUACAGCAGAAUUUGUUCUACCAUAAUUUUGGGGUUUUUUUUAUCAGCUAGUCACAUCUGCAACAAUAACAAAAUCUUUUCUUUAAUUCUUUCCAGAUUCUUACAAGUUUAAUAUGUAAAAUGGGAUAUAUAUACAGUGCAUUAAAGAUUAUAGUUUAAGGCAACAAUGUGCUCAAAAUUUCGCAUACAAAAAGCCUAUGAAAAGAAACUCUUGUAGACUUAUUAUAUCAUGCUGCAAUAGGCAUUUACUUUACAGUUGUCUUGGCAAGUUUUUUGUGAUGACACAGUGUACAAAAUUUGGCUGUUUGAUUAAUUAGAAAUGGAAAAUUUCCAAAAAAUAUAAAUAAUUUAACUUUAGAUUAUUUUAAUAUUGAUAAUUUAUAUAUACUUCUUUUUUCAUUGGCUGUGUGAUGGUUUUAUAACAUGCAGAUAGCUAUUUUAUAACAAAGAUGACCAGUUGAUAAAAAAAGAUUGAAAUGCUUGAAGCAGGAGUUCUGCAAAUAUAUAGUAAUUACAUAUUAAAUAUAUAGGAUAGAUAUUUUACACAGAAGUAAUAUGUACAGUCAUAUUUAGUGGUUAUGAAUAUUCAUUACUUUGUUAAUUCACAUAUUUUAGUGAUUAUGAAUAUUCAUUAUGUUUACCAAAGAUUUUUAAUGUGAUGCUUUAAGUUGUCUCUGGCCUAUUGCCGUAUUAUGUGUGUUGAUUGUUGUUCAAAUUGACAAUCAAUAAAUCAGUACAAAUGGU